AUGGAAUUCUUUUUAAAACGGUUAAAGUUGGCAUAUGUUCUUGAAGAACCUUGUCCUAAUGCUCCUGGUUCUGAGGUAGCAUCUGACGAGGCUACUUUGAUUAACGAACAAAUUGCCAAAUGGAAAUAUGAUGAUUAUUUGUGCAAGAAUUAUAUUCUUGGAGGAAUGUCUAACAAGUAUUAUGAUCAAUAUUAUGUUAAAUGCAAAUAUGCUAAAGAUAUAUGGGACACUCUUCAAGCUAUUUAUUUAGCCGAAGAGGCGAGUUCUAAGAAAUUUCUCGUUUCAAAUUAUAUGGAGUUCAAAAUGGUUGAUGAUGAGUCAAUCACUGAACAAGUACAACAAUUCCAAUUUAUAGCUAGUAAAAUUACUAUAUCUAGAAUUGCUCUUGAUGAAAACUUUCAUGUUGGUGCUAUUGUAUCAAAACUUCCUCCAUCUUGGAAAGAGUACCAAAGCAAACACUUACACAAAAAGGAAGAUUUGACUCUUGAACAAUUGUUGCAACACAUGCAAAUUGAACAAGAGACACGAUGA